UGUAAGGGAACACACUACUGGUAUUCGUUCUUAAUGUUUUAUGUACACUCCGGCCCGGACAAAAGUACCAUAUUACAAAGGAAAAUCAUUUAAUGUUCAAAAAAAAAAAAAAAAAAAAAAGAGAGAGAGAUAUAGACGAUCUUCUCCUUUUGAUUAAACUUCUUUCUCUUUCAGCUUUUAAUCCUCUCCGAAUUUUUAGUGUAUCAUGGAUGAGGCAUCUCUCUCGACAAAAGACCGGAUUAUCACAGUAAAGUCGUCAAUUACUGGCAUCGGUUGGAAGCAGUCGUCUUUGACAACAUUACACAAUUUCGUUAGAGUUGUUCAUACGACUACAAAGCAUGCAUAUUAUUUUUCCAAGUAUAUAUUCCUCAAUGAAUUGCAAGCAGACCCUCAAUGUGACCUCAAAGAAUAUAUCAACAAAGAAUUUUUUGCUGAAGUAUGGCUUUCUUUGGUAGACUAUACAAAGGGAAAUGCUCGUGCAGAAAAAGCUAUAAAGUAUCGCAAUUAUAUUAGCCGCUAUUUACCAAGCUAUCUGAAUAUCACAAACUAUCAAAGGUUCAGACUAAAGUAAUGCUCAGCAGUCUUCUCUAAUCGAAGGAAAAAAAAUAUAUCAGUCGUAUAUCAAUAACAUCAGCAUGAGAUUUGGUCAACAUCUUAGACAAUCAAUCAAUGUUUUACUGAACGUCAAGCAAAGAAAGGCGGAAAUGUAGCAAGCUCUUCUAGAACAAGGCGUCCACCCC